AUGGAAGUAACGGAAACUAACGAGUUAAAUAGCACUAGCUCGGAAAUUGCAUCGAAUGGAGUUGAUCCAAUUAGCUUGAAGAUGCGACACCUAUUACAGGUGGUCACCUAUGUGUUCAUGUGUGGAACUGUCAGUCUGCUGGGCAUCAUAACCAACAUCCUCAACGUUGUGGUGUUUGUUCGCCAGGGAUUUCGGGAGACCAUCAACAUUAGUCUUUUAGGUCUGGCAGUGGCAGAUUUGUUAAGUGUGACCACGAUGUUUGUAAUCUCCCUCAGCUUUAUCCCUCUCCUGGAUGUCUCGCAUCUGCAGGUGAAUUUAUUUGAUGUACUGUAUCUGACAGUUGGCUGGCCACAUGUUUCCUUCAACAGAAUAUCCAGCACCAUUACAGCCUAUAUAUCCCUAGAGAGAUGUCUGUGUGUUACGCUUCCUUUACAAGUCAAAGACAUUAUCACUCCAUUGAAAACCAAAGUGGUGAUUGGUUUAAUUUAUGUGAUCAUUAUUACGUUUUUUACCCCAUUCUACUUUGUCAAUAAAUUAGAUUGGUGUUACAACAAAAUUUGGAACAGAACUAUACUAAGUCUGACGUUCGCAGAGAAUAGAGUUGAAGUAGAGACGGCAACUUUCCCAAUACACAGUGUUUUUAUACCUCUCCUAGCUCAGUUUAUUGUGAUUGUCUGCACUCUUGUCAUAGUUUUUCAACUAAACAGUAAAACAAAAUGGCGGAUGACUUCCGUUUCGCAGACGACAAAGCUUGGAACAAACUCAGCGAAAGAAAAAAAUGUUGCAAAAAUGGUGAUAUUUCUAUCAGCGAUUUUUUUAAUAUGCUAUUUGCCAUCAACAGUAAAUUUUUUGAUGAUGAUACUUUUUCCAAAUUUUAGUUUCGGGGGAAAAUACGAAAAUAUGUAUAUUUUAAUUUGGUCUUUGACUGUUUUUGUAGAGACAAUCAAUUCUAGUGUAAAUAUUUUUGUUUAUUUAAGGAUGAGUACUAAGUUCAGGUUUGCUUUCAAGGAAACGUUCAGGGCAAUACAUUGGGGAUUCCACUGA